UUUGUGCGUUUACAUCAAAAAAACAUAACAAAAAGGGUUCAGAGGGUUUCUCUUUUUAAGUCCCAGCAACUCCUGCUCACCAACACAAGGACCUUUUUUUAUUUCUUUCUAUACCAUCAGAUGGAGCUAGCUUUGAGCCUUGGAGAUUCACCGAAGCCGUACGCUUUUCUUGACAAAACCACGAAGAUAUCUAACAAGGAUCUAGGGUUCUGCAUGGGCUUAGGAAGUGGUUCCGGUGGGAGAUCAGACGAGAAAACAGAUUCCCGUGACGGUGAAGGUAGGAGGAGAGAAGUGAUUAGAGAUGAGGGUGAGAGGAGAAGAGUUUCUUCAGAUCCACCGCUUCAGCUUGAGCUUCUACCUUUCUCGCCUGUUCCUCGCAGCCAGCCACCUACACAGCUUCGCUUUCCUUGGCUUACUGAUAACUUGGUCUCUGAACCGGGUUCUUCAGAUGAACCGGGAAGAUCAGGGUUAAACGUGAACCGAUUCCCGGCGGUGACGACGGAGGAGGCGGACGAUGGGGCGGCGCUGUCCUCCCCGAACAGUACGGUUUCAUCGUUUCAGAUGGAUUUCUGUGUGAGGAAUAGUGGACGAAGCAAGAGAGAUUUGGAGAUUGACACUGAAAGAGCGUGCUCAAGAGCAAGUGACGAUGACGAAAACGGGUCUACGCGGAAGAAACUCAGGCUCUCCAAAGACCAAUCCGCUUUUCUUGAAGAGAGCUUCAAAGAGCACAGUACUCUCAACCCUAAGCAAAAGCUGGCCCUGGCAAAACAGUUAAAUCUUCGUCCUCGGCAGGUGGAAGUUUGGUUUCAGAACCGAAGAGCAAGGACAAAGCUAAAGCAGACAGAGGUAGAUUGUGAGUAUUUAAAGCGAUGCUGCGAGACACUGACACAGGAGAAUAGGAGGUUACAAAAGGAACUGCAGGAAUUAAGAGCUUUGAAAACGUCUCAACCAUUCUACAUGCAGCUUCCUGCCACCACUCUCACCAUGUGCCCGUCUUGUGAGCGCGUGGCCACCACCACCACAAACUCUUCGACUGCCACUGGCAACGGCGCCGCUAACGCCACCGCAACGACAGCCACAAACUCGGCAGCUUUAUCACUUUCCAAGGCAAGAUUAUACCCUUUUCCUCAAGUCCAAGCUCACAUGCAGCAGGCCCAAACUCACCAAGCUGCUUCAUGAGAUGUCGCUACUCGCGCUAGUUUAUCUACUCGAUCGAUCACCUUUUCCUGUUGUAUAUACUUUUGGCUUUCAGCAUUUUCCUAUUUUCCUUUGGACCAUCUUGUCUCUAGUGGGUUUCUUGUCAAUGUUUUGGACGGAAAUAGGUUACAAGGGUGAUAUAUAUUUGUUGAUUGAUGAGAAAAUACAGAAGAUUUUACUAGAACAAAAAAAAAAUCGAUCUCUCUAUC